CCUCCCUAUCAUGUGAUUCAGGUGUUCCAAUCCCCUCCAUAUCAUGUGAUUCAGGUGUUCCAAUCCCCUCCCAAUCAUGUGAUUCAGGUGUUCCAAUCCCCUCCAUAUCAUGUGAUUCAGGUGCUCCAAUCCCCUCCCAAUCAUGUGAUUCAGGUGUCCCAAUCCCCUCCAUAUCAUGUGAUUCAGGUGUCCCAAUCCCCUCCAUAUCAUGUGAUUCAGGUGUUCCAAUCCCCUCCAUAUCAUGUGAUUCAGGUGUUCCAAUCCCCUCCAUGGACACAGGUGUAUACAAUCAAGCCCCUAGGCAUGCAGACAGCUUCUACAAAC